UGUUAGAGAAAUAUAUGGUAACAUAUUGUUAGUCUAAAUGUAAGGUAAGACCAAAAAAUAAUGAGACAAAUGAAAGGGUCCAAACAACUUUCAUAGGUAGAUUUUUUAAGACUCCUUCCCUUUUAAUAGUAUCGAUUUAUGUAAUUUAGUUCUGUUAAUAAAUAUUGAUAUAUUUUUUGCUGGAUACUCCAAAAUGAAAUCCUCCCUGAUGUGUAUGCUCCUAGGUAUCUCAAAACUAUAUAACUUUAUGUCAAUAUGUCCUCAUUUGAGACACUUUUUGGUUAAUGUUUUAAGGUUUUGAGAUAACCACCAAUACUAUAUAUAAUAUUUUUAAAUUUAUAUAUAUAUAUAUAUAUAUAUAUAUAUAUAUAUAUAUAUUUUGGCUAAAUAAUUUAUGUUGUAAGAUACCUUUUUAAAAACGUUGCAAUAAGGUUGUUCUAUCUAAUAAAUCGUAAGUUCAUAACAUAUAUCCGACUAUAUAUAGUGUGUUCCUAUAGACAUUUCUCACUAAAUAUGAAAAAAUAUAGUUGGGAUAUACAUACUAUUUAAUAUUUGAAAUAAUUUAAACACACCGAAGUUCGAAACAAAUAAGGGGGACGAAAGUGGAUUACUUCGCCGUGAGACCACUUGCCUAGCAAUGCCAUCCCAAUAUACUUUUAAGUUUUAACACAUAAAAGGCUAAAACAUAUUUUAAAUUUGCUGUUUCUUUAAUAAUAAUCGAACUUAUUCUCUUUUUUUUUUUGAGCAAAAAUCGAACUUAUUCUAUAACAGACAAAUAGAAUCUUUCAACCCAUUGUAUUAAAAAAAAAUUUCUUUUGCAAUUCUACUCUCAAUUAUUUACAAAAGUUGUUGUCCAGAACCAUUCUUUCAUGUGUAUUAAUCUAGGCCGGCUCUAUGCCUGGUAUACAAAAAAAAAAAAACAAAUAAACUCAUCAACAAAGGAACAUUUUGCAAAAAAGUUAGCGGUCCAUUACCUUCAAACCAACUAAAAAAAGUUAGUCGAAUAACUGAAAGUAAAAGUUCAAAUGGUAUUUUUUUAAAAGGAAGUGCAAAUGGGUUAGACACUUUUUUUUAAUUUUUCGGCUGAUAGACGGUUCUUAUAUCUCUUAUUUAAGAGACGAUUCUUAUAUCUUUUAGUUAAGAGAUAAUUCUUAAUUUUUCUUAGUUAAAAUCUAAGAAAAGUUAAGAAUCGAUUUUUAGCCGAAGUUAAAAACCCAGUUAAUUAGAGACUGAGUUAUCUAUACUAUACUAAAAGGAGGAUAUAAUCAACAUUCAGCUUAUCCACGUAGGAUUAAAAAUUUGACCAAUAAAAACAAGUUAUUUUGCCACGUCAAAAGAGCUAUCGCAGAGUAAAGACGAAAACCUCAAUCACCAAACAUGCUUCGUCUUCCUAAUUCUCACGGAAGUAAAUCCACCGUCUGUUAUCAUCCCUUUGGUUUCUCUUCUCUAAUGUCAUAAACCCAUUAAUAAUGAGUCGCAAAACCUCAUUCUUUACUGCAACAAUCAAACGUGGCGAAACUCUUUCUAUUCCUUCUGCUUUUAGCUACUCCUCUUCACCACAUUAGCAGUAACCGAAUAAUCGCAGCAAUCGAUGGCAAACAAAACCGUGAAUCUUUUUCUUUCUGGUGAUUUUCAGUUAUGAAGAAUGUUUUGUUUAGCUCUUUUAAUUUUCAUCUAACAUUCUAAAGUAUUUUAUGUUUUGUAUUUGUAUUUGAUUCUUGGAUCUGGUCUGAGUCGUGCUGCUACUCUCCACCACCUGGCUUUAACCAUUGAAUCCAUCGUCAUGUCUGUCACUCGCCGGAAAGUCGGAAAACAGGUCUGUGCUUUUCUUUCUGGAGGAAGAUAUGCAAAGAAAGUUGUUGUACCCAUUGGACAAAUCUAAAGAAAACCCAGAACCAGGAAAAAUUACAGAGAGACUGAGGCAAAGAUCUAUUUGAUGUUCUCUCUGAUGAUGUCAUGCAGAGACAGAUGCAGGACUUGAAAAGGAAAAGCACAGAGGAACUGAAGGCUUUCGUAGAGAUCUCUUGCACAACUUCUCCCAAUCAUUUAGUUUCUUAGGCUCAGAAGAAGCACAACUGCACAAGUAUGAUGGUAUCUUUGGUUUCACAAAAGAGACCAUAAAAAGAAAAGGGGAUGAAGAUACAAGAAGACAUGUAGAAGUCAAAGAAAGGACUUUUGAUAAAAGUCUAUAGUGCAUGGAGUUAUGCCAGAUGAUAUUGCUCGGUUACUGAAUCGUGCUUGCUACUACUCAGCUGUGCGCUUCAUGGCUUAUAUCCACCGAGAAUAUAAGAAAACGCGAUACUGGUCUUUCCCAAAAAAGAAUGGAGAAUGAGAUGGUUGUUGAAGUUUUUAAGAAACUUCAGAACCCAUACGAGGUUGGGAUUAUGGUUCAUCAUGUGUAUCAGUGCAUCAAAUUCCUCCAUCUCUGAUCUCCCUAGCUGUUUCCAUUGGGUAAGAAAGAGUUAGAGACAUGAGAGGAAGACUAGGAACUGAUGCACUCCUUAUGUGAGACACUUACCAAGUGGCAGCCAACACCAACAUGGAAGUGUUGUUAGAGGUAGUUGAGGCAGAGGCCAAGCUGGUGGUGGCAAAGACAAUAAAGGUGGCCUAGCUAAAGAUUGUCGUGCUUAAAAGUGGGAUUGAUAAAUGGAAUAAAAAUCCCUAACAUGGUAUUAGGAAGAAUGUGUAGAUAACAAUAACUGAAGGUUUUCUACAUUUGUGGAUCAUCAGGAGGUGGCUGGAGGAACAACAGAGGUUGUUUAAUUAAGUGUUGCGACUCAAGAGCACCUGACCGAUAGCGAGCUUAGGAUGUUUGUUGAUGUGUGUGGAGAGGAAUACAGUUCAAGGCAACUUCAAAGCAAUAACGUUUACCCGCAUUAGAUCAUUGUUUCUCUCCGUAUUCUUUUUUUGGUAGAGAUUUAUGUAUGAAAAAAUGGGAAAGUAAAAUGAUUCAGAAGAAAAUGUACAGUUUUAUUUAUUCUCAAAUGUAACACUACAUCAUUUUGUAAAGAUGUCAAGCAUUUAUAUUGCUAAGUAUAUUCUUUAGACGAACAGACCCUCUAUUUUGUAAAGAUGUCAAGCAUUUAUAUUGCAAGCCGCAUCAACUAUAUUAAUUCUAAAUACCGCAUAAAGUUUCUAAUACUGCUAUUUAAAACUUCAUUGUUAAUAAAUAGUUCAAGCUCACUGAUUUCAAGCAAAAAAUAUAAAUCUUUCAACAUCUACUAUGUUAGAAUAGUGAUGUAAUAUGUUCUCAGAUUUUACACGUGUAAUACAUGGUUCAUUUCUAUCGUAACCAGAUGAACUUUAUCUAUGAUUAAUAAUUUGUUUUCAUGAUAAUUCAAUAUAUAAAAUAAAAUAUAUUUGGAUCAUAACUUAGAUUUAACUAUUUUUUAUUCAUUUCACAUUUGUUGAUCUUUAUAUAUAUAUUUUUAGAUAGUAAAAAUGAUAAAUUGUCAAUUUUACUCUUUUCUAAUUCAAUAUAUAAUAUAUUAUUAUAGUAAAUGAUGCAAUAUAUGUGCGUUAUUAUAUUAAAUACAUUUAUAUUUGUGUAACCCCGGGCGUAGCCCGGGUAAAAUCUCUAAUAGUAUUAAUAUUGCAGUUUCGAUUCGAUAGCAGUUCACCUUAAUUGAAAACAGAAAGGUAAAGAAACCGGAACUAAUCGAAUUAUAUAUACUGUAUCAUGGGGGCACACACAACAUAAGAUUGGUUUACAUCACAUGUGAUGAUGUUGAUGUGAAUAGGAGUAUCGUCCACAUAUGUUUACUAUAUAAUUUUUUUUUGAGCAAAUGUUUACUAUAGAAUAUAAUCAUUGAAUUUCUAAUAAAGACGAAAGAUUCUAUUGUACUAUUAUCUUAUGCUCUAGAGAUUUCCUGCUGAAGAAAAUGUUACCCUAAGUCAUUAUCAAAUUCGACCGUCCAUUUGAAGACGUACACGUCUUUAUGGUCAAACUUCUUUCACCUAACUUCCUAGAAAACUACGUAACAUUGCAUGUGUCUGAUUUCAUUGUUCAAACCCAGUCAAUUUAUAUAUAGAGGAUGGAUGAAUGAAGAUGACUUUGUGAAAUUUCCAGGCUCUUACCAAUUCUCUUUAAAUUUGCUCAUUUCUUCCCCUCUCUCUACAAAAUACCUUUCGAAUCGUACCAUUUACGGAGAAACAGGGCAUGCAGAGACAAUGGGCAAUACAAAUUCGUUGUGUGGGCGUAAAGGAUUUUACAACAAGGAAACUUUGAUAAGUUCUGUUGGCAACAACUCAUCCCACGAUGGUAUUAGAACAAUUGAAGCUGUUAAGAGUUGUAGCUUUUCUAGAAAAUCAGAUCUUUGUAUCCGUAUCAUCACAUGGAACAUGAAUGGAAAGGUUUCGUAUGACGAUUUGGUUCAGCUUGUUGGCAAAGACAGAAAAUUUGAUUUGCUUGUCGUUGGAGUGCAAGAGGCUCCCAAAACCAAUGUAGCUCAACUUUUGCAGACAGCUUCAUCUCCAACUCAUGUGCUUCUUGGGAAGGCGAAACUGCAAUCGAUCCAGCUAUUAUUGUUUGGACCAAAGAAUUCACAACCACUAGUAAAAGAUUUAAAAGCGGAAAGUCAAUCGGUUGGAGGAUGUGGCGGUUUAAUUGGAAGAAAGAAAGGAGCCGUGGCUAUUCGUAUUAACUACGGUGACAUCAAAAUAGUUUUCAUCUCUUGUCAUCUCUCUGCUCACGCAAAUAAAGUAGAUCAGAGAAAUGAAGAGUUGAGACGCAUAUCAAAUUCACUAAUAUCAAAAGACAAAAGGACACAUGACCUCAUUGUUUGGCUUGGAGAUCUUAAUUACAGGAUCCAAGAUGUCUCUAACCGUCCUGCUCGAUCCCUUAUCCAAAACCAUCUUCAAUCUGUUCUUGUGCGUAAAGAUCAGCUCCUGCAAGAAGCUGAUAGAGGUGAAGCCAUUCUAACCUAUUCACACCGCAUUUGUAGAAAACAUCAUCAAGACCGCUGUUACCACCAUGAAGUUUAAACUGGACAUCCAUUGGUGUUCGCCUCCUUUAGCCAUAUAUCACCCUUUUUCAACGUUCUUGGCUUUUGUUUUCUAGGCCACGAAGUUGUGUUGUCCUCAUAUCCUAUUAGUGUGUUCUUUUCUUUUGUCUUACCCGUUUGAAAAAAGUGAGAUAUAUUAUAACGCUCUGACCAAGGCUCUGACCGUCAAUUAGUUAGUGAAGCAUCCAUGCUCAUUCUUUUAGUCCGUAGACGCAUCCCGUCUGACGAGCAGAGCGUUAAUUUUUUCAAAGUCCGAAAGCCUUAUUUAUUAACCUUGCAAUUACCAUGUGACUUUUCUCCGUGCUUUGGUCUCACCGGCACGGUAUGGCGGAUCACUCAUCCUUUCACUACUCCAGCCUAAGCACACUUAACUCUGGAGUUCUAAACCGAUGUGUGACGGAAAAUGUAAGUCAAUGAUAUCACUCAAAUUACCUUAAGGAGUGAUUUACCUUCUCAAAUAAGAGGUCGAGUUAUAGUACUUAGGGAUCGAAUUCAUAAGAAUCUAUGACACAAAAAAUUCUAAUAGUUAUUUGAUUAAUCUAGACACGUAGUUGUAAUGUAAAUUGCAGUUUGAGCAAGGCGGUUGUUCGGUUAAUUGAUUGAGGUUGUAAACAAAUAUGAAAGGCGUUAGACUUAAGGUUUCUAUUCAGACAAUCAGGAUUAUAGUGGUAUAGAGACUAAGAUUGUAUAUUGGAUAUUCUAGAACUCAAACUAAGGAAUAAUCUAUCAACUUCCGUUUGUUUAGAUUAUCUAUUGUCUAGAUCUAAAACCUCAACUGUCGUUUGUUGGUUUUGAGAAAGUGUCUAUCGAUGCUAUCAAUGGAUAGUCGAUCGAUACACCUUUCAGUCCGUCGAUCGACGUCCCUUCUAACAAGAUUUAGCGAGCGGGUUUGAGCAUGUUCACUAGGUUAACUAACUCAGUUGUGGCUUGUUUCUAACAAUCCUAGCACAAUAUGAUUUAUAUCAGACAAAGAACCAUGCUUCCGCUUGCGCCCAAUUAUCUAGGAACAUGAUUCUAGUUAGCUACUCUAGAACAUAAGCAUUAAAGACAAUUCAAUUGAUGGAUAUCCAGACAACUAAGCAGUUCUGUAUUUUGGGCUAAUCCCUCAUGCCUAUCUGAACCCUAAAUCUAAGAAGGUGAAUAUAUUCAGACAUGGUAGUUGUCACAAACAAUCAUAGAUGAAUAGAUGAAAUUGCAAUAGAUAUAAAAACCAAAAUAGUUCCAUGAGGAUUCUGAAAGGGUUCCUCCCUUCUCUCCUAAUAUAAACUAAGAACAAAACUAAGUAAAGAAAGCGUAGCCGUCAACAAUGGCUUAGAAAACACAUAAAUAGGGUUUUAGGUCGUCCAUGGAUAUUUUGGUAAUUUGUGGUGAUUUCUGGGCUUAAGUCGGUCUUGAAAUAUACUCGGCCCGCGUUCUGGCAUCAACGUCGAUCGACACCAAGGCUGUGUCAUCGAUCCACAUUUCUUCAUCUACUCGACGGUUUUCUCUCGCGAGACAGACUGGCCACUCUUCAGUAAAACCGACAUAACUUCUGAUCUAACCAUUGGAUUGACCUCAACCCAGUGUCAUUGGAAAUCUAACUCAAAGAUCUAUCUUGUGUUCAAAGAUGGGCUCAAUUGAACUGUGGGAAGGUCUCCAUCCGUAUUUAAACAUCUGACACAUCUUUGCAGUUCUGCACUCAAAAGACUCCAAAUGGCCCCAAAAUCACAAAAGUUCUCCAAAACGUAUCUUCCCAUAUAAUAUACUCUAAAACAUUCAUAUACCAUGGCUAAAAGUGGAUAAAAUCCAUGGUAUAUCACACCCACAGACUUAUCUUUUUGCUUGUGCUCAAGCAAAACAAGAAUAAAUCCGUGAAAGAGGUUUGAAAACAAUAGGGAUUCACACAAUUUAAGAACUCACUAUCAUCACCUCUACAAUGUUGCAAGCCACAUCAAAUCAAUUUUAACUUUAGAGGUAGCUUAUAUACGAUAUUCUAGCUUAGCAACCAAAUCAAUCUAACCAGCAAUUUAACCAAUACUGUCUAACUCGCCCCUCUACUGAUCUCAUUUAAUACAUAUAUAAAAGUGUAGGCUUUACCUUGGGAAUAUCGAUCAAAAGACAAAUGGACUCUUACUCAAGCAAGUUUCUAAACACACAGGUUGUCUUAUCUGAUCCCUUUCUUCACUCUUUCUCUCUUCUUUGAAUCUCAAUUCCAUUGAACAAUGAUGUUGAUACAGUCCAUCUUUAUUCAUUUUCUUUUUGAUUUUUCUCUUUUAUUUAUAUCUUUCUCUUCUCUUUUUUUUUAUUUUUUACUUGACAAAGUGUAGGCAAAUAAUAUGGUCACAGGAGGCACUCAUAUCCCUCGCUUCCAACGAUGUGUGAUCAUUAAUAGAGUCGCAUGAGACACUCCUACCCCUCUAAAAGACAAAUGGACUCUUACUCAAGCAAGUUUCUAAACACACAGGUUGUCUUAUCUGAUCCCUUUCUUCACUCUUUCUCUCUUCUUUGAAUCUCAAUUCCAUUGAACAAUGAUGUUGAUACAGUCCAUCUUUAUUCAUUUUCCUCGCUUCCAACUAUGUGUGAUCAUUAAUGGAGUCGCAUGAGACACUCCUAUCCCUCUAAAAGACAAAUGGACUCUUACUCAAGCAAGUUUCUAAACACACAGGUUGUCUUAUCUGAUCCCUUUCUUCACUCUUUCUCUCUUCUUUGAAUCUCAAUUCCAUUGAAAAAUGAUGUUGAUACAGUCCAUCUUUAUUUAUUUUCUUUUUGAUUUUUCUCUUUUAUUUAUAUCUUUCUCUUCUCUUUUUUAUUUUUUAUUUGAUAAAGUGUACGCAAAUAAUAUGGUCACAGGAGGCACUCCUAUCCGUCGCUUGUGUUCUCAUUAAUGGAGUCGCAUGAGACACUCCUACCCCUCUAAACCGUAUGAAAUCAUUUAAAUCUUUUAUUUAUAUAGAUGCCGAAGAGAGAGAGAGAUAGAUAGAGAGAGAGAGAUAGAGAGAGAGAGAGAGAGAGAGAGAGAAAGAGAGAGAGAAAGAGAGAGAGAGAGAGAAGGGAAUCAGAAACACACUGACUUUUACCCUCUAGACUUGUAGGAAGAAUCCGAUCUAAUGUAUACCAAUCCCCAAGACAAGCAAAUUAAGCUCAAUUAGGUUGGAGAUCAGCUUUGGUUCUUUCAAACUUUCUCAGAAAGUGUGGGUAAUUGGCAGGUGAUCCACUUUGGUAUCUCUAAUAAACUCUGCAGUCAAUAAAUCUAAGGGUGGUGUUAGAGAGUGGUUAGAUAAUAAGUAAAAUUGUAAAGUUCAUUAUCCCCUUAUUGACUCAAUAAAAACAUUUUGAAAACAUUUUAUAAAACUCAUAGAUAAGCUAAAUAUCAGUAAACCUCCCCCUAGACUUAAAUUACACUGUCCCCAGUGUAUAUAUAGUCGAACUUUGGUGAGAACAUAAAUCAUAAGUACAUAAUGUAACAAAGAAAACGAUAUACCUUCUCGCUGAUGUCAGUAUCGAUCGAUACAAUAAAGUGGCAAUUGGUUGUUUCUGGUGUCGUACUGUCGAUCCAUAUCGACCAGGUGUCAUCGGUCGAUUCUUAGAGCAAUCGUCUCCUUGGAUCUUUUUUUAUACUCAAAGUAAAACAUAAUAUUAGUAGAACCUCCCCCAUACUUAAACAACACUGUCCUCAGUGUUAUACGGUCUAAGACUGUUAGGAAAAUAAACCAUAUGUACUAAAUUUAAUAAGGUUUCGCGAGUAUACAUGCCAAUUAACACAAUUAAGUGGCGAUCGAUACUUCUGAUGCUCUGUCGAACGAUACUCUGGCCAACCGUCGAUCGAUGUUGGUCCACAACUCAUGAACCAUGGAAAUUUUUUUCCGAUAAACAGUACCUCUGCUACAGUAUUGAUCGAUGCUGCUACAGUGGUAUCGCUCGGCGCAGCUACUGUGUCGUCGUCACUGUUCAUCUUUUUUAUUUUUACCUAAAAUAAACAAACACACAAAAAUCAGUAUAAUAUAAAAUAAUACCAUAUUUAAAACUUACAUAAUAGUUAGUUGCCUCCCACUCAUCUCUUAUUUUUAGUCAUUAACUUAACUUCUAGAGAUCUGAUUUAGGCCGAAUGAGAAUGAGAACUCGCUCCAAAACAAGUCUCAGUAUCUACUCUCUGAAACUUUGUCAUUCCUAUUGUGAAAGCUUCCAUAGACUCUUCUCCUUUGUCUUUCAUCUCAGCAAUAAGGAGUGCUCCAAGCUUUACGAAUGGCUGUGAGAAGCAUCUGCUGCACACUAUGUACUUCCUGAUACCAUCUGAGAACUGAGGGAUCAAUGAUAACUGAAGAUCUCCCUUGAUCCUUUUUCUCUUCUUCCAAUUCUUCCUCUUCUUUCCCGCAGACUUGUCUGUGUCUGUGUGCUGAGAUACCCGAAGGGUGUUGAUCGAGAAUAAACUGUUGUGUCAAUUGAUGCCGGUGUCACAGAUACCUUUAUGACAUCAUCUUCUAGACCUAAUUUCUCCUGAAAAACAGCUGCAGAAAGAUAACCGUCUACUAUCCCAAUCUUAAGAUCUUGAUGCACACUUAUGUCAGGUGGAAUAGGUGAUUCAGCUUCAGAAAUAAGGCAGAGAACCAAACUCUUCACAUGGUCAUGUAUCCUCUUCAAUCUUUUGUGGAACCCAAUAGCUUCUUCUGUGCAGAUAUAUGGUCGAAGAUGUUCAUGGACAGCAAGCUGUGAGGCCACAGACUCAUGUUUUUUUUUCAUCAAUCGGUUCCAUCUCAACUAUGCAACCUGGUGAUUCGUUCAACAAUGGGCUUCGAUCGAUAUCAGGUGGGUGGUGUCGAUCGGUAACUAGUUGGCGGUGUCGAUCGAUGCCGGGUGGGCGGUGUCGAUCGAUGCCGGGUGGGCGGUGUCGAUCGAUGCCGGGUGGGCGGUGUCGAUCGAUGCUAGCCUUUGGUGAAGUUUCCAGAUCUUUUCCCGAAGUGAGCUUAUCGUCAUCAAGCUUCUUCUCUGAGUUCUGACCCAAAUCUCUAGGCAGUGCUUCAUCCAAUACCUUCAAGAAGUCAUCUAGUUCUAAAAAAUCUUCAAUAGUGAUCUCCUUAUCGAUAUCCAAUCUUCAAGCUUUUCUCCAUUCCUUAGAUCCAAGAAUUCUUAUAGCUCCAAGAAAUCUUUCAUGGUGAUCUCUCUGCUACAACUGGGCCAUGAAAACUGCUUGAUAUAUCAGUGCUCUCUUGUGUCGAGUCUGCAAAGUCCUGAGAACAAUUCGAACUUUCAGGGAUUUCAAUAGGUGUCGAUCGACAACAUGAGUUUGUGUCGAUCGAUUCUGAGGUCGCGGUGUCGGUCGUAGCCGUCAACAAUGGCUUAGAAAACACAUAAAUAAGGUUUUAGAUCGUCCAUGGGUAUUCUGGUAAUUUGUGAUGGCUUCUGGGCUUAAGUCGAUCUUGAAAUAUACUCGGCCCACGUUCUAGCAUCACCGUCAAUUGACACCAAAGCUGUGUUGUCGAUCGACAUUUCUUCAUCUCCUCGACAGUUUUCUCUCGCGAGACAGACUGACCACUCUUCGUCAAAACGGGCAUAACUUCUGAUCUAAUUGUUGGAUUGACCUCAACCCGGUGGCAUUGGAAAUCUAAUUCAAAGCUAUAUCUUGUGUCCAAAUAUGGGCUCUAUCACACAGUGGGAAGGUCUCCAUCCAUAUUUAAACAUCUGACACGUCUGUGCAGUUCUGGACUCAAAAUGCUCCAAAACGCUCCAAAAUCACCAAAGUUCUCCAAAACGUACUUGAAUGUGAAAACACUCUAAAACAUACUC